CGCUGACGCUCAGUUGCGUUGCGGAGACAGCUCAAACCAAGGGCUGGAGCUGCUGUAUUUACGUAGACUGGGCCAUUCAAACGCUGUAUUCACAUCUCAAGCCUCAUAUGCCAUCUCAAAGACGGUGCAGAAUCUCCUGUCUGAGGUGCAAUGGCUAGAAAGACAGACAUUCCUCCUUCAUACUAUGGUGAGCCACGCAACUUUGACCCGAGCUUCAGAGGACCAAUCCAUAACAGGGCCUGCACGGAUGUGUUGUGCUGUGUCAUCUUCGUCAUCGUCAUCCUCGGCUACAUCGCUCUGGGCACCGUGGCCUGGAUCCAUGGUGACACCAGGAAGGUGGUCUACCCCACCGACAGCCACGGACAGUUCUGUGGACAGCAGGGGACCCCCAACGCCAACAAAGCCAUAUUAUUCUACUUCAACAUAUUGCAAUGUGCCAAUCCUGCCGUUCUCAUUAACCUCCAGUGCCCUACAACCCAACUCUGUGUCUCCAAGUGCCCAGACAGAUUUGCCACAUACCUAGACAUGCAGUACAACUACAGGUACAACAACAGCUACUGGGAGUAUUACAGGCAGUUCUGCAAGCCGGGCUUCGACAAUCCUAGAAAGUCAGUUGCACAUGUCUUGAGAGAUGAGGACUGCCCAUCUAUGAUAGUGCCAAGCAGACCUUUCCUUCAGAGGUGCUUCCCUGACUUUAUCACCAGGAACGGGACGCUAACUGUCGCCAACAAGACAGACUUCAAAGAUGGGUUAGGUAAAACGAGGAGCGUGAUCGAUCUCAGGGACGCUGCCAAUGGCAUUACCAGUCUGCUAGAUGCCAAGGAGGUUGGCAUGAAGAUAUUUGAGGAUUACGCCAGCUCCUGGUACUGGAUCUUACUAGGUCUGGUGAUAACCAUGGUGGUCAGCCUGGCUUUUAUCCUGCUGCUACGGUUCACAGCCGGAGUUCUCCUGUGGCUCAUCAUCUUUGGAGUCAUCGCUGUGGUGGGCUAUGGGAUCUGGCACUGCUACUGGGAGUUCAGUACACUGAGAGGGAAGCCACACAGCGAUGGUGAUGUUACCAUCUCUGACAUCGGCUUUCAGACGGACUUCAGGGUUUACCUGCAGCUCAGUCAAACCUGGCUCAUCUUGAUGAUCUCCCUAUCAGUCAUUGAGGCGGUCAUCAUAGUAAUCCUGAUAUUCCUGAGGAGGAGAGUACGUAUCGCCAUCGCUCUGCUGAAGGAGGGGAGCAGGGCCAUUGGUUUCAUCAUGUCCACUCUCUUCUACCCGAUCAUCACUUUUGUGCUGCUGGCCAUCUGCAUAGCGUACUGGGCAGUCAUUGCUGUCUUCUUAGCGUCAUCUGGUGAUGCUGUGUACAAGGUCAUGUCGACGCAGGACAAAUGCAUGUAUGCCAACCUCACCUGUGAUCCAGAGAAGUUCAGUCAGACCAACGUGACCAUGGUGUGCCCAGGCUCCCAGUGCACCUUUGCCUUCUACGGCGGCGAGAGCCUCUACCACAACUACAUCUUUGUGCUGCAGCUGUGCAACCUGCUGGUGUUCCUGUGGCUGGUCAACUUUACCAUCGCUCUGGGACAGUGCACCCUGGCCGGGGCCUUCGCUUCCUACUACUGGGCCCUGAGGAAGCCCCAAGACAUACCAUCAUGCCCCUUGUUUUCCUCCUUUAGCAGGGCUGUACGGUACCACACAGGCUCUCUGGCAUUUGGCUCUCUGAUCCUGGCCUUUGUGCAGAUGUUUCGCAUCGUUCUAGAGUAUCUGGAUCACAAACUCAAAGGUGCUCACAAUGCUUUUGCCCGUUUCCUGAUUUGCUGUCUCAAAUGCUGCUUCUGGUGCCUGGAACAUUUCAUCAAGUUCAUGAACAGGAACGCCUACAUCAUGAUGGCGAUAUAUGGGAAGAGCUUCUGCACUUCGGCCAAAGAUGCUUUCUUCCUCCUGAUGAGGAACGUAGUAAGGGUGGCAGUGCUGGAUAAGGUGACAGACUUUCUCCUCUUCUUGGGAAAAGUGCUUAUUUCAGGGAGUGUUGGUGUUCUAGCAUUCUUCUUCUUCACCCGUAAGAUUCCAGUUAUUCAAGAGGAGGUGCCAUCACUAAAUUACUACUGGGUCCCCCUACUGACGGUGAUAUUUGGAUCCUACCUGAUCGCCCAUGGCUUCUUCAAUGUCUAUGCUAUGUGUGUGGACACCUUAUUCCUUUGUUUCUUGGUGGAUCUGGAGGUGAACAACGGCUCUGCAGCCAGACCCUUCUACAUGAGCAGAACCCUGAGACACAUCCUCAAUAAGAACACCAACAAGAGGAGGAAAGACAAGAGAUAGACGAGAGAAGAAGAGAGGAACGUAUACAGGGUGACUGGAGGAGUAUGGAUAGACAGAAGCAGGAAAGGUGAUAGGGAAGACAACCGUGUAGGAUCAAGUAGAGAGGGAGGUAAAUACUAAUUCAGGUCCAUAUUGGACACAGACUAUCGCCCCGUAGCAUUCACUUCUGUCAUCAUGAAGUGCUUAGGGAGACUAGUCAAUAAUCAUACCACUGCCACCUUACCUGCCACCCUAGACCCACUUCAGUUUGCAUACCGGCCCAACAGGUCCACAGACGAUGCGAUCGCACACUGCCCUAUCCUAUCUGUACAAGAGGAAUACCUAUGUAAGAAUGCUGUUCAUUGAGUACAGCUCAGCACCAUUGUAACCUCCAAGCUCAUAAUUAAGCUUAAGGCCCUGGGUCUCAACCCCGCCCUGUGCAAUUGGGUCUUGGACUUUCUGACGGGCCGCCCCUAGGUGGUGAAGGUAGGAAACAACAUCUCCACUUCGCUGAUCCUCAACACUGGGGCACUCAAAGUGUCGUGUCAGGAAAACAGACUCUCACUCAACAAAACAAAGGAGAUGAUCAGGACUUCAGGAAACAGCAGAGGGAGCACACCCUAUCCACUAUCCACAUCGACGAGACAGUAGUGGAGAAGGUGGAAAGUUUUAAGUUCCUUGGCAUACACAUCACGUACAAACUGAAAUAAUACACCCACACAGACAGUGUGGUGAAGAAGUUGCAACAGCUUCUCUUCAAUCUCAGGAGGCUGAAGAAAUGUGUCUUGUCACCUAAAACCCUCACAAACUUUUACAGAUGCACAAUUGAGAGCAUCCUGUCGGGCUGUAUCACCGCCUGGUACAGCAACUGCACAGCCAUCAACCGCAAGGCUCUCCAGAGGGUGGUGCGGUCUGCACAACGCAUCACUGGGGGCAAACUACCUGUCCUCAAACACCUACAGCACCCCUUGUUACAGAAAGGCCAAAAAGAUCAUCAAGGACAACAACCACUGAGCCACUGCCUGUUAACCUUGUUACCAUCCAGAAGGCGAGGUCAGUACAGGUGCAUCAAAUCUGGGACCGAGAGCCUGUACACAGCUUCUUUCUCAAGGCCAUUAGACUGUUAAACAGCCAUCACUAACACAGAGAGGCUGCUGCCUACAUACAGACUCAAUCAUUGGCCACUUCAAUAAAUGAAUCACGAGUCUCUAUAAUGCCACUUUAAUAAUGUUUACAUAUCUUACAUUAUUCAUCUCAUAUGUAUAUACUGUAUUUUAUACCAUAUAUCUGCUAGGCCAUCGCUCAUCCAUAUAUAUUUAUAUGUACAUAUUCUUAUUCCAUCCCUUUACAUUGUGUGUGUAUAAGGUAGUUGUUGUUGAAUUGUUAGAUCACUUGUUAGAUAUUAGUGCACUGUCGGAACUAGUAGCACAAGCAUUUCACUACACUCGCAUUAACAUCUGCUAACCAUGUGUAUGUGACUGAUUUGAUUGCUUCUGAUUGCAUUAUCAUUACGUGCUUUGGACCUACAGUUGAAGUCUGAAGUUUACAUACACUUAGGUGGGAGUCAUUAAAACUCGUUUUUCAACCACUCCACAAAUUUCUUGUUAACAAACUAUAGUUUUGGCAAGUCGGUUAGGACAUAUACUUUGUGCAUGACAUAAGUAAUUGUUCCCACAAUUGUUUACAGGCAGAUUAUUUCACUUACAAUUCACUGUAUCACAAUUCCAGUGUGUCAGAAGUUUACAUACACUAAGUUGACAGUGCCUUUAAACAGCUUGGAAAAUUCCAGGAAAUUAAGUCAUGGCUUUAGAAUCUUCUGAUAGGCUUAUUGACAUCAUCAGUCAAUUGGAGGUGUACCUGUGGAUGGAUUUCAAGGCCUACCUUCAAACUCUAUGCCUCUGCUUGAUAUCAUGGGAAAAUCAAAAGAAAUCAGGCAAGACUUCAGAAUUUUUGUUGUAGACCUCCACAAGUCUGUUUCAUCCUUGGGAGCAAUUUACAAACGCUUGAAGGUACCACGUUAAUCUGUACAAUCAAUAGUACGCAAGUAUAAACACCAUGGGACCACGCAGCCGUCAUACCACUCAGGAAAGAGACUCAUUCUGUCUCCUCAAGAUGAACGUACUUUGGUGCAGAAAGUGCAAAUCUUUCUCAGAACAGCAAAGUACCUUGUGAAGCAAUUUAAAUGCAAUGCUACCAAAUACUAAUUAAGAGUGUGUAAACUUCUGACCCACUGGGAAUGUGAGGUAAAAGCUUAAAUAAAUCAUUCUCCCUGACAUUUCACAUUCUUAAAAUAAAGUGGUGAUCCUAACUGACCUAAGACAGGGAAUUUUUACUUGGAUUAAAUGUCAGGAAUUGUGAAAAACGUGAGUUUAAAUGUAUUUGGGUAAGGUACUUCCGACUUCAACUGUAUGUAAUAUUGGAAUUUAUUAUCUUUCCAUACAGUACUUUAUGUACUAACAAAACAUCACCUUAAAGAGUUUCUCCAGUCAUUUUGUAUACUUUUUAGACAGUUGUUCUGAAAGUAGUGCUCCCGAGCCAAAAGUGGUCCUCAAAUUGGCAUAUAAAUGGCAUAUAUUAUUAUAAACUCAGCAAAAAAGGAAACGUCCCUUUUUCAGUCAGGACCCUGUCUUUCAAAGAUAAUUUAUAAAAAUCCAAAUAACUUCAUAGAUCUUCAUUGUAAAGGGUUUAAACACUGUUUCCCAUGCUUGUUCAAUGAACCAUAAAUAAUUAAUAAACAUUCACCUGUGACACUAACAGCUUACAAUUAAGGUCACAGUUAUGAAAACUUUGGACACUAAAGAGGCAUUUCUACUGACUCUGAAAAACACCAAAAGAAAGAUGCCCAGGGUCCCUGCUCAUCUGUGUGAACGUGCCUUAUGCAUGCUGCAAGGAGGCAUGAGGACUGCAGAUGUGGCCAAGGCAAUAAAUUGCAAUGUCCUUACUGUGAGACGCCUAAGACAGCGCUACAGGGAGACAGAAAGUACAGCUGAUUGUCCUCGCAGUGGCAGACCACGUGUAACAACACCAGCACAGGAUUGGUACAUCUGAACAUCACACCUGAUGGGCAGGUACAGGAUGUCAACAACAACUGCCCGAGUUACACCAGGAACACACAAUCCCUCCAUCAAUGCUCAGACUGUCCCCAAUAGGCUGAGAGAGGUUGGACUGAGGGCUUGUAGGCCUGUUGUAAGGCAGGUCCUCACCAGACAUCACCGGCAACAUUGCCUUUGGGCACAAACCCUGUCAAAAAGUGCUCUUCACUGACGAGUCGCGGUUUUGUCUCAAAGGGUGAUGGUCGGAUUUGUGUUUAUCGUUGAAGGAAUGAGCGUUACACCGAGGACACAUUUUUCCAUUUAUGUCAGUCACAUGUCUGUGGAACUUGUUCAGUUUAUGUCUCAGUAUGUUCAUACAAAUAUUUACACUUGUUAAGUUUGCUGAAAGUAAACGCAGUUGACAGUGAGAAGACGUUUCUUUUUUUGCUGAGUUUAUUAUUUAAAAAUGCGUAGUACGUCACGUGAAGAUUUGUGCACCACGUCAUUGCUCUCUGCUGUGGAUGCAUCAUCUGCCUCUUGCUAGCUGUCACUAAUAUGGUGAGGGGCUGAAGCUCAUUGGUUGAACUCCACUUACUAGGUGGCUGGCCCACGUGGGGGAAAACUAGAGAUUUUGUGUGUAACUGAGUUAAAACCGUACUUAUAUAUUGUGCAUGCAUUCAAAUUGACACAUUCAGCCCAAAGCGGGAGGUUUAAAAAAUGCUUAGUAUAUGUCAAAGUUCCAGAGCAUGUCUUUAAAUGCACAAUAAUAACAGUAUGGUUAGCAUAAAGGCAACUGCAAGACAUUGUUGAUUUUACCAAUGUACUGUACAGCACUUACUUGAGUGAAAAAUCAAGUAUAUAAUUUUAUAACAAUAUGUUGCUCUACAUAUUACCCAGCAGGCACUUGUAACUCUGUAUGCAGUGACUCAAACCAGUCACAGGGUGGUACUACAAAUAUUCAGAAACCUCCCAAAAGGUUACACCAAGACAACUGAUUGAACGGCUGCUCUGGUUAAUGCUGUACAUGAAAUGCCCAUAAUUCCCAUGUAUAAUUAUGUAUAAUUAUGCUCUUCAAUCUCCUUGGAGCACUAACUUUUAUUUUCUCAUAUUGAGAAAGCUAUUUUCCAUGCAAUUGUCCAUUGGGCUAAUUUCUUUGUGUCAACCCUCUUAACUUUUCCAAUUGUGAGUAUGUAAUAGCCCUACAAUUUAAAGGUGUUUCAGUAAGUGCCAGCCUUUGAGGACCCAUGCCUUGUUCAUUGCAUUCUAACCACAAUUGACCAUAAAUCACACUGAUGAAGUCACAAAUGAGUCAUGUUUGGACCCUGUCCCUCUGGUGUGCCAUUCAAGGUUUUUUGCUUGAAGGUCUUUGUCCCUUGCUUUCUUUGUGCAGUAGCACUGUGGAGACCAAUAAUGUGCCCUCACUGUCUCUGUCACACCGUUGCAUCACUGUCAAUAUCACACCACAUCCUCCUUCACCAUACUGUAGCACAACAUGCCCAUAUAUGCACAAGCCAUACCAUGUUUGUCAUUGACAUCCGACCUGUGUAAAGGCACAACAAUGUCAUGAUCAUGUAACAUUAAAAUACAGAUGAAAUGUAUUUUAUAUUUGUGCUGGUUAUAGAAUGUCAUGGAAGGUCCCUAUCGAACCACCAAGACUCUUCCUAGAGCUGGCUGCCCGGCCAAACUGAGCAAUCGGGGGAGAAGGGCCUUGGUCAGGGAGGUGAUCAAGAACCCGAUUGUCACUUUGACAGAUUUCUAAAGUUCCUCUGUGGAGAUGGGAGAACCUUCCAGAAGAAUAACCAUCUCUGCAGCACUCCAUCAAUAUGGCCUGUAUGGUGGAGUGACCAGAUGGAAGCCACUCCUCAGUAAAAGGCACAUGAUAGCCCACUUGGAAUAUACAAGAUUCUCUGGUCUGAUGAAACCAAGAUUCAACUCUUUGGCCUGAAUGCCAAGCGUCAAGUAUGGACUAAACCUGGCCAUCCCUACGGUGAAGCAUGGUGGUGGGAUGCUUUUCAGCGGCAUGUCCUUGAGUGGACUUGAAUCUGAUUGAACAUCUCGGUAGAGAAUUGAAAAUAGUUGUGCAGCAACGCUCCCCAUCCAACCUGACUGAACUUGAGAGGAUCUGCUGAGAAGAUUGGGAGAAACUCCUCAAAUAUAGGUGUGCCAAGCUUGUAGCGUCAUACCCAAGACUCGAUGCUAUAAUCGCAAAAAAAGUUGCUUCAUUAAAGUACUGAGUAAAGGGUCUGAAUA